CGUGUUACAAAUAACUGUUGCUUAACGCCUCUCCGAGACGCCUCCACCCCAAAACAACAGACACACUUUGCGUUUCUUCUCAGCCUCUUAAAAUAAAACAGAUUUUUUUCUCUUUCUUUCUCUCACUACAUCCUCAAUGGAGAGUCCCCAUUCACUCUCUCCCUCUUCCUCCUCAUCCUCCUCCUCUUACUCCUCCGACGGCGUCGCCGGCUUCGAGACGGAGGAACCGCGGACGCCGCUGGCUGUGCGCCGCGCGCUGCAGCUCCUCAACUCCGGCCAGCCCGACCUGCGCCUCCAAGCCGCUCGCGACAUCCGGCGCCUCACGAAGACGUCACAACGUUGUCGGCGCCAGUUAUCCGAGGCUGUCGGUCCACUCGUUUCCAUGCUCCGAGUCGACUCGCCCGAGUCACACGAACCCGCUCUCCUCGCCUUGCUCAACCUCGCCGUCAAAGACGAAAAGAAUAAAAUCAAUAUUGUGGAGGCCGGUGCAUUAGAACCGAUAAUUAGUUUCCUCAAGUCUCAAAAUCUAAAUCUGCAGGAGUCUGCAACUGCAUCUUUGCUCACACUAUCUGCCUCUUCAACCAACAAACCAAUCAUUAGUGCUUGUGGUGCCAUUCCUCUUCUUGUGAAGAUCCUUAGAGAUGGAAGCCCCCAAGCUAAAGCUGAGGCAGUAAUGGCUCUCUCUAAUUUAUCAACACACCCUAACAAUCUCAGGAUCAUUCUUAAGACAAACCCAAUCCCUUUCAUAGUUGAUCUUCUCAAAACCUGUAAAAAAUCCUCGAAAACUGCUGAGAAAUGCUGUGCUUUGAUAGAAUCUUUGGUGGAUUAUGAUGAGGGCAGGACUGCCUUGACAUCCGAGGAAGGCGGGGUUCUUGCAGUCGUGGAAGUUCUCGAAAUUGGCACUCUCCAAAGCAGGGAGCAUGCUGUUGGAGCACUGCUGACAAUGUGCCAAAGCGACCGAUGUAAAUACCGGGAACCAAUUCUUAGAGAAGGUGUCAUUCCAGGACUUCUUGAGCUUACUGUCCAAGGAACACCAAAGUCUCAGUCCAAAGCACGCAGCCUUCUGCAGUUACUGAGAGAGUCUCCUUAUCCGAGAUCUGAAAUUCAACCUGAUACCCUUGAGAAUAUAGUAUGCAGCAUCAUAUCACAGAUCGAUGGCGAUGAUCAAUCUGGUAAGGCAAAGAAGAUGCUGGCUGAGAUGGUUCAAGUCAGCAUGGAACAGAGUCUGAGACAUUUACAGCAAAGGGCUCUUGUAUGCACCCCAAGUGAUCUUCCUAUAGCUGACUGUGCUGCUUCUGAAGUUUCUUCAAAAUGAUAGUUGCCGCUGGCCUAACUCUGUCUUUUUUCACUUUUUUUGUCAACUUUUUUUGGUCUUUGCACUUGGGUUUUGUGAGAUAAAUUUCCAUAGUAGAAAACGAGAAAAAAAAAGAAAAAAAAGAGGAAUAAUAAUACAUAGUGAAGUAUGCCAGUCCAGGCCAUUGUGGAGGUAUCGAGUGACUGGUAAUUGUCAAUAAACUAAGUUGUCAUUUGGUAAAGAGCAGGAUUUUGUAUUUGGCUUGUAAAGAAACGGUUGUAUAAAUUGACAUACAAGUAGUAAAAGCUCUUUGUCCAAAA